AUGGUCUGCUCAUACUCCGCUGCCGUGAACCGCACGAUGCUCGGACACAGUGAGAUACGAGGAACUGUUGACAAAACUUAUGCAGAUAAGGAAAGACAGGUUGAGGCUUAUCUCCGGCGAGGACAGCAGCGCGUCACUCGCACUCCGGACGUGCGUUAUCAAGCUAACACACAUCAGAAUAUCACAUCGGAGAUCACCGAUCGUGUCCCACCUCGACCAUCUAUUGGCAGAUAA